AUAUAAUCCAUAUCCAUCUAGAAAAUUCAAAUAUUAGUAUUUCCAAACCUAUCAGUUGAUUAUGUUGAAUAAAAUGACGCCAUUGCACAAAGACACACCAUAGACAAUGUAAGAGUAGCCUCUAAUAUUUGGAUAUCCAUAUCCAUCUAGAAAACUCAAAUACUAAUAUUCCCAAAUGUAUCUAGGAUACAGAACUGUCUAAUGCAGGCCACCACCCUUCAAUAAGUACCGAACACAGACACACACAUUCUUCGAUCAUCAUCACUUCAUCAGCCAUCAGAUACUUAGCUAGCACUCCUGUUCAUACGACCAUGGCGUCGUCCAGCAAGCAGAACGCCGCGGUGGCCGCCAUCUCCGUCGCCCUGCUCCUCACUUCGCAUCGGAUUACGGUGGUUGCAGUCGCAGUCGCAGUCGCAGUCGCAGCUGGAGCAGAAGCGGGAGGAGUAGCGCCGUUGAACACAUGCGAAACGCCGAUCGCCUGGGCUCCCUGCUUCGGCAAGACCUGGGUCUGCGUUCCCCUCUGCCUUGGACUGCACUACACCGGCGGUUUCUGCCAGCAGGAGCAGAUGAGCGAGGGAGACGCCGGCGCCGAGCCUGCUAUAAUCGGAGGCGCCAUCUGCGUGUGCACCAAGCAGUGUCUUUUGGAUGUGGAGGCGGUGCAAGGUGCACCGGCACCGUCGCAGCCGCCCGUCGCCGAGCCUCCGCGGGGGAUGCGUGGGGUUGGGAUGCUCAACUGAUGAUGGUCUAUAUUGCUUGCCAGCGGAAAGCUGCUGGCUCGAGAGAAUGUCAAAUAAGCUUCUUUUUCUAAAAAAAAAAUAUAGAGAACUCGCUUUAUCAAAAUAAUGUCGUUCUCGAUCGUUUUCUAAUAUGAUAUCAUGAUAUAGUGGGUGAUGACUAUCUCGAAACAGUCUCAAAUUUUUAUCAUAAGUCUACAUAUGAUAUCAUGAGUCAUGACAUAUGAACAAGUUUUAUGAUUUUCUGA